CAAAGAAAUAGUUGAAGAGGGAGAAGAAGAGGAAUAUUUUUAUGAAAAGUUAGCAAAAUAUAAUUUGUCAGACAGCAUCGCUAAAUACAUCUUUCGAAGAUUUUAUUUAACUUAUACUCCUAACAUUUAUGCUAUAACUGAUAAAGAGCAGAAAGACAACGAAGCAAAAAAGAAAUUAACUUAUUCCUUGGGAAAUAUCACUCUUUUAGACCAAGAAAAAAACAUUCAAGGCUCAAAUAAAUUGUGGAAGUUCAAAAGAAAAGAGCAUGAAGAAAAAACUUGCUUAGACUAUGAAAAAAAAUUGGAGGGUAGUAAAGAAAAUCCUAAUCCAAAUUUUUUUUCAAGAGAUAAUUUGCUUCCAGAGCACAUUCAAUCCAGAACAAAAUUCUUUAUUUCUUCUUUAAAGCACAACCAAUCUUUAAUUAUGCGUAUCAUCAACCCCAACUUCUUCACCAUCAGUGCGGUCGAAUUAGCUCAAAAAUUACUUG